AUGGCGCCUGCGAUUCGCGAGGUCACCCAGACAGUAAUCGAAGCAGACACCACUUUCGUGUCAGUCAUUACUCUGGGGAACACCAAGUCAUGGCCAACGUCGAACCUGGUGACAUUGACGGUGACCACUCCAUUCACGACUGUCAUCGAGGUGGUCAAUAUAGCAGCAACUCCUGCGCCCGAGCAAAUAAACUCGACCAAAAGCAAUGGACUGUCAGAUGAAAGCAAAGGUGCAAUAGCGGGGUCUAUCCUCGGCGCUACAGUCUUUCUACUGCUCUUAUACUAUCUUUAUCUAUGUCGUUUGCAGUCCCGGGCAUCGACAAAGCGAACCGCCAAAGUUCUACCUGAUACGGAAGACCCUACACCUCCAGAUCCUCCUACUGACGAUCAACUGUCGAAGAAAAAGAAGACGGUUACUAUAUCGUCUGAUCUUCCUCGAUACUCAGGCUCGAAAAAUACCAAGUUGAACAUCUCACCUCUUGUGAGAAUCUCAACAGAAAUGAACUUGAAGACUGGGUUCGAGACAAGAGAAGGAAGAUUAGGCCGAAGGGUUCGCUUCAUGAUUCGAGAACGGGAGAAACAGAAACCAAGGAAGAAGCGCCGGAGAUCUCACCGGCGUCGAAGCAAACGCAAAGGAACGAAGACAGAUGAUACGAAGUGA